AUGGAGAUCAGAAACAGUACUGUGAUGACAGAAUUUGUCCUUAUUGGUCUUACCCAGUCUAGAGAGAUCCAGCUCCUGGUCUUCAUACUAGUCUUGUUUUUUUAUAUCAUCAUCCUCCCUGGGAAUUUCCUCAUCAUCCUCACCAUCAUAUCAGACCCUGGUCUCUCGGCACCUCUUUACUUUUUCCUGCGAAACCUAGCCUUCCUGGAUGCAUCCUACUCCUUCAUAGUGGCUCCCAGGAUGCUUGCCGACUUCUUCUCUGAGAAGAAGGUGAUCUCCUACAGUGGCUGCCUCACUCAGCUCUUCUUCCUGCACUUCCUUGGAGUGGGGGAAAUGUUCCUACUUGUUUUCAUGGCCUUUGACCGCUACAUUGCCAUAUGUCGACCUUUACACUAUUCGGCUAUCAUGAAACCUAGUGUUUGCUAUGUACUAAUGUUGGCUCUCUUCCUUGGAAGUUUUGCUCAUUCUUUUGUACAAGUGGCACUUAUCCUUAACUUGCCCUUCUGUGGCUCAAACCGACUGGAUAACUUCUUCUGUGAUGCCCCACAGAUCAUCAUGUUGGCAUGCACAGACACCUUUGUAGUGGAGCUCCUGAUUGUCUCCAACAAUGGCUUGCUCACUCUCCUGUGUUUUCUGGGCCUUCUGACCUCGUACGCUGUACUCCUUUUUCAUUUAAGAGGACAUUCUUCUGAAGGGAAGAACAAGGCUGUGUCCACCUGCACCACUCAUGUUAUCAUCGUGUUUCUCAUGUUUGGACCUGCCAUUUUCAUCUACACUCGCCCAUUUAUAUUUUUUUCAGCUGACAAGGUGGUUUCUCUCUUCCACACAGUGAUCUUUCCUCUAUUGAAUCCUGUAAUUUAUACCCUCCGCAACCAGGAAGUGAAAGCUUCUAUGAAAAGAUUAAUUCUCCAUCGUGCAGCUAAUUGA